AUGGCGUUGCAUGUUCAAAUUCCGACCAAAAUCUCCAGCAUCGAAGACCAGGAAGAAGCUCCACUCUACGGAGACAUCUUAGAGGCCAUACUCUACCACGUGCCUCUCCUUCAUCUCGUUCCUGCCUGUCACGUGUCAAAGUCCUGGAACCGCGCCGUCUCCUCCUCCCUCCGCCACCUCAAACGAAACGUCAAGCCCUGGCUCAUUGUCCUCGCCCAAACCAUCAGGUUUCCCUACAAGAUCAACGCACGUGCCUACGACCCUGCCUCGCACGCUUGGAUCGACAUCCACUUUCAGCCGUCCAUGAAAUCCAUCUCCACCCUCCGAUGCUCCCACUCCACACUCCUCUACAUGCUGUCUCCCUCCAAAUUCGCCUUCUCAACCGACCCCCUCCACCACACGUGGAACCACGUGGACGCCCCGUUGGUCUGGCGCACCGACCCGAUUGUCGCGCUGGUGGGCCACCGCAUAGUCGUCGCAGGUGGCACCUGCGAUUACGAGGACGACCCCCUGGCCGUCGAAAUUUACGACACAAGGGAGCGCACAUGGGGAACGUGCAACUCAAUGCCCGCUAUCCUCAAGGACUCGGCUGCCUCCACGUGGCUCUCUGUCGCCGUCGACGACAGCAAAAUGUACGUGACGGAUAAAAACACCGGUUUGACCUACACCUUCGAUCCCGAUUCCAAUACGUGGUGUGGACCAUACGAUCUGUGUCCCGACAGGACGGUGUUCGGCGCCGUCACCGGAUUCGCUAAUGGCCGCUUUAUUUUGGUGGAGGCGGUCGGAAGCGAGGGGAAUUUGACAACCAUGAAAGUGUGGGAAGUGAACGGGGUGUCGCUUGAGUGCAAAACUUUGAUCGGGGAGAUGCCGCCGGCGAUGGUGGAGAAGCUGAAGGGCGAGACCGACUGCGCGGGGACGGUUUCGAUGAGCUGCACGAGAGAUAUGGUGUGCCUGCAUAACACUUUGUCGCCGGAGGAGCUGAUCCUCUGCGAGCUUGUCGACGACGGGUGCAGGUGGGGGAGCGUAGGGAAUGCGGUUGUGAACGACGGCACCCGAAUGCAGAAGUUGGUGGUGACGUGUUCGAAUGUUGGUCUACCGGAUUUGCAUAAAGCCGUACAACUUGGAGCGCUGAAAGUUGUUUGA